CCGGCCGUGCCGCCGCCGCCCGCCCCUCGCUCCGCCCCGGCCGCGGCCCGACCCAGCGGGAGGAAGAUGGCGGCGCUCAUCCCCCUCAGCCAGCAGUUUUCUACUGGGAAUCCAAUAUAUGAAACAUAUUACAAACAGGUAGAUCCAACAUACACAGGGAGAGUUGGGGCAAGUGAAGCUGCUCUGUUUCUUAAAAAAUCUGGUCUCUCUGAUAUCAUCCUUGGAAAAAUAUGGGAUUUGGCUGACCCAGAGGGUAAAGGAUACUUAGAUAAACAGGGUUUCUACGUUGCGUUGCGCCUUGUAGCAUGUGCACAGAACGGCCACGAGGUAAACCUGAGCAGUCUGAAUUUGACUGUGCCACCUCCUAAAUUUCAUGACACUAGCAGUCCUUUGCUGAUGACACCACCCUCAACAGAGACUCACUGGGCUGUUAGGGUGGAAGAAAAAGCAAAGUUUGAUGGUAUUUUUGAAAGCCUUUUGCCAGUAAAUGGUUUACUUUCAGGAGACAAAGUAAAACCAGUACUGAUGAAUUCAAAGCUACCUCUUGAUAUCCUUGGAAGGGUCUGGGAUCUCAGUGAUAUUGAUAAAGAUGGUCACCUGGACAAGGAUGAAUUUGCUGUGGCAAUGCAUUUGGUUUAUAGAGCUCUUGAGAAAGAGUCAGUUCCUUCACAAUUGCCCCCUUCUCUCAUACCACCUUCUAAAAGAAAGAAGACAUCGGUCUUUCCUGGUGCAGUUCCUGUUCUCCCUGCAAGUCCUCCCCCAAAAGACAGCCUCCGUUCCACCCCAUCCCAUGGCAGUGCCACCAGUCUGAACAGCAUAGGGAACUUGUCUCCCAAGCACAGCAUCAAAUCAGCACAGCCAGCUGUGAAUUGGGUGGUCCCAGUGUCUGAAAAAGUACGAUAUGAUGAAAUCUUCUUAAAAACAGACACAGACAUGGAUGGGUUUGUGAGUGGCCAAGAAGUAAAGGACAUUUUUAUGCAUUCAGGUCUAUCUCAGAAUCUCCUAGCACAUAUAUGGUCUUUGGCAGACACAAGACAGAUGGGAAAGCUCAGCAAAGACCAGUUUGCACUCGCCAUGUAUUUCAUUCAGCAGAAGGUCAGCAAAGGGAUUGAUCCUCCACAAGUGUUAACUCCAGAUAUGAUCCCUCCCUCAGACAGAAACACACCCAUCCAGACUCUAUCAGGUUACUUGACCCCUGUAGGAUCUGAGAUCUCAGCACUAACAGAAAUGCGGCGGGAUAGUGCAAGUUCUGUUGGAUCAGGAGAAUUUACAGGGGUGAAGGAGCUGGAUGAUAUUAGUCAAGAAAUUGCCCAGCUGCAGAGAGAAAAAUAUUCUCUGGAGCAGGACAUUAGGGAAAAGGAAGAAUCAAUCAGACAGAAAACCAGUGAAGUUCAGGAGCUGCAAAAUGAUUUAGAUAGGGAAACAAGUAACUUGCAAGAGCUGGAGGCUCAAAAACAAGAUGCCCAAGACCGCCUGGAUGAGAUGGACCAGCAGAAAGCCAAACUGAAAGAUAUGCUGAAUGAUGUAAGGCAGAAAUGCCAGGAAGAAACACAGGUGAUUUCAUCACUAAAAAUGCAGAUUCAGUCUCAGGAAUCAGAUUUAAAAUUACAGGAAGAUGACCUUAAUAGAGCAAAAGCAGAGCUGAAUCGCCUCCAGCAAGAAGAGACUCAGCUGGAGCAGAGUAUCCAGGCUGGAAAAGUGCAGCUUGAAACAAUAAUCAAAUCUUUAAAAUCAACCCAGGAAGAAAUAAACCAGGCAAGAAGUAAACUCUCUCAGCUGCAAGAGAGCCACCAGGAAAUGAAUAAGAGCAUUGAAGAAUACAAUGAAGCUCUCAAUGGGAUUCAUGGUGGGAGUCUGACAAAUUUAGCAGACAUGAGUGAAGGCCUUGGGCAGACAGAAAGAAGCAAUUAUGGAGCUAUGGAUGAUCCAUUUAAGAAUAAAGCCUUGAUGUUUACCAAUAAUACACAAGAAUUGCAUACAGACCCAUUCCAGUCAGAAGAUCCUUUCAAAUCUGAUCCAUUUAAGGGAGCAGACCCCUUCAAAGGCAGUGACCCAUUCCAGCAUGAUCCUUUUGCAGAACAACCACCUGCUCCAGCAGAUCCCUUUGGAGGAGAUCCAUUUAAGGAAAGUGACCCAUUUCGUAGUUCUGCCCCUGAGGAUUUCUUCAAGAAACAGGUGAAGAGUGACCCAUUUACCUCAGAUCCAUUCACAAAAACUCCCACUUUACCCUCAAAGCCUGACCCUUUUGAAAGCACCGAUCCUUUUACGUCUUCCAGUAUCUCUUCAAAAGGUCCAGAUCCAUUUGGAACACUGGAUCCAUUUGGAAGUGGUGCUUUCAGUGGUGGUGAGGGGUUUGCAGACUUCAGUCAGAUGUCAAAGUCAGUAGCUUCAGACCCCUUUGCCUCCUCUUUUGGAGGGGCAGGAUUCACAGAUGACCCUUUCAAAAGCAAAUCAGACACACCAGCAUUACCACCCAAGAAAAAUGUCCCUCCACGACCCAAGCCACCCAGUGGUAAAAGUACUCCUGUAAGCCACCUUGGGUCUGCAGAUUUUCCCAAGCCCCAUGAUCCAUUCCAGCCAUUUGGGGCUGACAGCAGUGACCUGUUUCAAAGUAAAAAGGGGUUUGGGGACCCAUUUAGUGGAAAAGAUCCAUUUGCUCCCUCCUCUUCAAGUAAAACUUCUAAAGACUCUUCCUUGGGGUUUGCAGACUUCAGCUCUUUUGGAAAUGAGGAACAGCAGCUGGCCUGGGCGAAGAGAGAGAGUGAAAAAGCAGAGCAGGAAAGACUGGCUCGGUUGAGGAGACAAGAACAAGAAGACCUUGAGUUGGCCAUUGCUCUCAGUAAGGCUGACAUGCCAAACUCUUAAAGAGGGUCUUGGCCUCCACCCUGUUCAAGAGAAACCUUGGAACAAAGCUUUUAUAGAAAUACGAAAUCCUUGGUUUAUAUUUGUGAAAAGAAUUUCAGUCACCUUCAGAUCUGAACAGGACUGGCUGGUUGUGUCCGACCAGGCUCUGUGUGGAUUCUCGAGUGCAUCAUCUGCAGGAAACUCUGUAUAAGCUGUAUUAUAUGUUCUAGAGAAAAUUUAUUGCUUGUAAGAAACCUAAUGUGUAAUCCUAAGGUACCGAAAGUUUCUUUAUCUGAAACACAAAUGUUGCAUAGAGUAAACUGCAGCUUGUGAA